AUGACAUAUUUAGGAGCACAUUUUAAUCCUAAUAACUUGACAAAUGGUGCUCCUAAGGAUGAAAUCCGUCAUGCGGGUGACCUGGGUAACAUAAUUGCUAAUGCAGAUGGGGCUGCAAAGACUACAAUUGUGGAUAAUCAGAUACCACUGUCUGGCCCUAAUUCAGUAGUUGGAAGAGCCUUGGUGGUUCAUGAGCUUGGAAAGGGAGCACAUUUUAAUCCUAAUAACUUGACAAAUGGUGCUCCUAAGGAUGAAAUCCGUCAUGCGGGUGACCUGGGUAACAUAAUUGCUAAUGCAGAUGGGGCUGCAAAGACUACGGUGGAACGGCCCGUUCUGGGUUGA